GCUGCUGCAGCUCGCGGGACUUCACUUCGCUUGGCUCAGCCCAGACAAGGGGGUGGCCUGGCUUUGAUCUGUGAGUCUGGUUGAAACCCAGCCGCCCCAGACUGACUUCGGGAUGGCAACUUUACCAGGGACAGUUCCCAGAAUGAUGCGCCCCGCGCCAGGACAGAACUACCCCCGCACCGGGUUCCCUUUGGAAGUGUCGACUCCUCUGGGCCAGGGUCGAGUGAACCAGCUCGGGGGGGUGUUCAUUAAUGGCAGGCCUUUGCCAAACCAUAUCCGCCACAAGAUAGUGGAGAUGGCCCACCACGGCAUCAGACCCUGCGUGAUUUCCCGGCAGCUGCGAGUCUCCCACGGCUGCGUCUCCAAAAUCCUUUGCCGGUAUCAGGAGACCGGCUCCAUCCGCCCCGGAGCGAUCGGAGGCAGCAAACCCAGGCAGGUUGCCACUCCCGACGUGGAAAAGAAAAUCGAGGAAUACAAGAGAGAGAAUCCGGGGAUGUUUAGCUGGGAAAUCCGAGACAGGCUCCUGAAGGAUGGGCACUGUGACAGGAGCACUGUUCCCUCAGGUUUAGUGAGUUCGAUUAGCCGGGUGCUCAGGCUCAAGUUCGGGAAGAAGGAGGAGGAGGAGGAGUGCGACAAGAAGGACGAAGACGGGGAGAAGAAGGCCAAGCACAGCAUAGACGGCAUUCUGGGCGACAAAGGUAACAGGCUGGAUGAAGGCUCAGAUGUUGAGUCUGAACCAGACCUCCCCUUGAAACGCAAGCAGCGUCGUAGCCGGACCACCUUCACAGCCGAGCAGCUGGAGGAGCUGGAGAAGGCCUUUGAGAGAACCCACUACCCAGAUAUCUACACACGAGAGGAGCUAGCCCAGAGGACCAAACUCACAGAGGCCCGAGUACAGGUGUGGUUCAGUAACCGAAGAGCCAGGUGGCGCAAGCAAGCAGGAGCCAAUCAGCUGGCAGCUUUUAAUCACCUGUUGCCAGGGGGCUUUCCGCCAACUGGAAUGCCAACUCUACCACCCUACCAGCUGCCAGAUUCCACCUACCCCACCACCACUAUUUCCCAAGAUGGGAGCAGCACCGUGCACAGACCCCAGCCCCUGCCACCAUCCACCAUGCAUCAGGGAGGGCUGGCAGCUGCUGCCGCCGCUGAUACCAGUUCUGCCUACGGGGCCCGACACAGCUUCUCCAGCUACUCAGACAGUUUCAUGAACCCUGCAGCUCCUGCCAAUCACAUGAACCCUGUCAGCAACGGCCUCUCUCCACAGGUGAUGAGCAUCCUAAGCAACCCGAGUGGCGUUCCGCCACAGCCCCAGGCUGAUUUCUCCAUCUCUCCCCUCCACGGUGGUUUGGAUACCACCAACUCCAUCUCCGCCAGCUGCAGCCAGCGGAGCGACUCCAUCAAGUCUGUUGACAGCCUCCCCACCUCGCAGUCCUACUGCCCUCCCACCUACAGCACCACCGGUUAUAGCGUGGACCCCGUGGCCAGCUACCAGUAUGGACAGUAUGGACAAACUGCUGUCGACUAUUUGGCCAAGAAUGUGAGCCUGUCUACACAGCGCAGGAUGAAGCUGGGAGAACAUUCAGCCGUGCUGGGCCUCCUACCAGUAGAAACAGGCCAGGCUUACUGAAGAGCCCAUCUGUGCCAACAACCCACUCCAGCAACCUGGUACCACCGCAGAAAACACCACCAGCAGCCUUCCAGGCUUCCACCUCUGCCUGGACACCGCUUCUUUCCAAAUCCCCACCACCCUGCACCAGCUCAAGCCGUGAAGGAGACGGGAAAGAUGAGGGGAGGGCUCUCCAUGUAUCCAGUUCCUUACCGAGCACUCUUCUAAGAUGCCAACCCAGCCUCUUUAACCAUGACUCCUUCUGUGGUGAGAGACAAUGGGUUGGAUACAUUUAUUAACCCUAAUGUUCAUGCCCUCGCUCCAGCCCACCUGGUCAGCUUGGCAUAUUGCCCACACUUACUGACUUUCCAUUGAUCUCGGUAGUUGGCACAGUCAACGCUGAAUUUCUUUUUCCGUUGUAAAAUAUAUUUUUUUAUUUUCCCCCUCUUUUUUAUUGUAGUAACUUGGUGGAUGUUGUAUAGAAGGAGUAACCAAGCUGAUCACUAAGAGUGAUACCGUUCAGGACCAAAAGACCUUUGGACCAAAUAUAAGAAGGUGUUUAAAAAACAAAUGAAAGUUACAGCAAACCUAUCCACUUCCCAUGCUGCUGAUAGGAUCCCAUAGCAAGGAGGAAGCCGGCAGGGAUGUUGCUCAGCAAAGGUGGGAUUCGAUGGAUGCUAUAAAUGCUCCAACCUGGGACCUUUGGAAAGUGUAAAUGUAAAUUGCUGAGCGGGGUUAGGAGAAGUUGGGGGCAGGUGUGAGCAACACUCAGUUUUCCUCUUAGGGACCAACCAGAUCCUGACAGGAUGGCGUGGGGCUGACUGAAAACCACUUGCAUCCCAUAGCAGCAGGAGAUUGAGUAAGAAAUGUUGGCACAUGUGCGUGUGGAGGGCUGGCAUGGACACUGUUUAGGCCAGGUGGUGUCUGAUUGUGCAGAGUGAGAACUGAACAAUGACCUUCCUUCGCUCAGUGAGUUUGAUCCUGGCCAUGAGGGAGAGUGGCUGUGUAUGUCAGCAAGGGAGGCGCGCUGCCCAACGGUGCUGUAGCUGAGCCUGUGUCUGGCCUAGUUGGAGACACUUCAGCUUUCAGAACUGGGUCCUUCUGCUGCUUAGAACAUGACUGAAAUGAAAUGAGACUUGUUCUGACAGCGCCUGUCAGGGAUGUCUCCCCUCAAGCGAAGGGCUGAGUGACAAGUUAGUCGCUGAGACGGAGGAGGUGCAUUGGCUAAGGCACAGUGCCACACAAAACUGGAGUGGGUGUCACGCACUGGGGAGACAGAGGGCUGUGGGAAUGGUCUCACCACGACAGUCUGUCUCCAACUGGCCAGAGAGAGAGGGAGGCAUAAAGCCCCAUAAUGCACCUAUUUGUGCUGUACUGUAUGGCGCAGGAAAGACUCUUGUGCCCUUAUGCACACAACUCUUUAUUUCGCAACCUACCAGGAUAAGUACUUGUGUCUUACCUUAAGUAACUCAUCCUUUUCGCCAUCAUCUGGUGCUUUUCUGGACAAGCUGAUCUCUUGGUCCAUUCUCUUCAUAUUUCUGUGUUCUUUAUUUUGGAGCUGCAUUCUCUCUAGGCCUCGGAUUUUUAUUUUAUUUUUUUGGUUCAGAUUUGCCUCCCUCUUUUCUGUAGAAUACAGCACUCUUUCCUCUGUACCAACCCAUGAUCCUGCUCAACUCAAUGUUCAGAUAAACCCAGCC